GAGCAUAAACAUAUAUAUAGAAAUUACAGUUAAAGUAGAAAUAUAUUCAAGGUUUAAACAUAAUUUAUAAUAUUGUCAAAACUUAACAUAUAAUAUAACCUUGUGUAUAGAAACCUUGAUUCCAAAUCGAAAUACUAAGAUACCUACAAGUUAGUUAACAAAGACAAAUAUAGAUGCGCGCAUUUGUCGAAUAUGAAACCAAAUUAUAUCUAUGGAAAUAUGGCAAUUUCACUUAAAGAUGUACAGAAACGGUACGGUUUGAAAGAUAUGGUAUAUUAUAACUAUGCUUAAGCGAUCUUAUGUUAGCAGUACAAAUACAAGUAUUAGCAUUACCAAAGUUGCGAGAACUCGUUGUUCAGCCGGGUAUUUGAUUUUGUUUUCAUCCAAUAGACCUCUCCUCAACAAUACAGCAAUUGUUUCUUUCUAUAAGAUAAAUAUUUAAACAAGAUCAACAAGGAAGGCCGACGUUCAAUGAACACCCACACAACCCAGCAACACAGAACAACCGCACGGAGCACAGCAGAACCAAAAUAAAAACAGAACAGGGGACAAGUCAAAGCAUAGACGGGGUGAUUAAUAUGACAAUAUAUAAUAGGAAAUAAUAGAAACCAAGAGCAAAAUUAAAGAAACGAUUAAUGAUUGGCCUAAAAAUGUUAAGGGGUGUUGUGGAAGGGGACUAGAAGGUCGGGUCGUGUGGGGGCAAAAUUAAAUUUUAAAAAAACUAGGGGCAAACGGAAGAUACUUACAGUAGAAUACUAUUUACCAAACAGGAGUCCCUGGUUCCCAGCUUCGCAUAGUCAUGAAGAUAGUAUUUCAAUUCUAUAUAGGAAACCCGACAAAAAACAUGGCGGAUGACGUGACCCAUAGGCGGGCCUUUUUUAAGUCUUUUGUCGUCCUUUUUUGUUAUCAUGCUUAAGCAGGAGGUGAAUGAGAAGAAAUGGUCAAAUCUUGUUCAUUGUAUAUGUCGCGACACUCAUUUUAUAACCUUACUGUGGUGUGAUUACUUCACAUGUCAUGUUAGUCAUUUUCAGCCUGUGAGCAUUGUGCCCAAAAUAGCAACAUAAAUUUCCGUAAGAGGGUGUUUGGAUUGAAUUUGUGCCCUUAAUAAAGUUGACCUUUUCAAAUUAUCAAACACAACAAAAAGAUCAUUAAAACUGGCUCGCUACUGUAUGGUGCACAUGUUCUAUUUUUAGAUGUCGAUUUAGUGUUGACUUUGGCUGUUAUUUAUAGAUUAAAAAACGCCUUAAGACGAAUUGUCUUACUGAGCUGUGAGACAUUCGUUUUAGGGCUUUGUUUCACUUAAAGAUAUCUGGAAAAGUUUAAAUGGAGUAGUUUGCAUGUUCAAACACUCAAAGCGGUGCGUUUCCGGUAUUUAUGCGCAAAUCUUUCCGGAAUAAUACAAAUAACUUUGAAUGGGAAUACAAAUCGACAUUCACUUCAUGAGAACGUCUUAAAACGUCGUAAAACUAUUUGUCAACAAGUAAAAAGCGAAUAAAGUAACAAAAAUAAGUCAUUUGUAUUUGUACGUUUGUAUUGAAUAUGUAAUAAUAAAAUUGUGUAUGCUUAAAAAAACAUAAUUUAUUUUUAAUACUUUUAUAUUUAAUACUGCAUUUUGUUUAUGUUACAGUGUUAUAUUUAAAUAAUUGGAGAAUGAUUCUAUUUCGUUUUAUUGUCAUAACGCUUUGUUGUCUAUCUUGCUCCUCAAAAUUUGGGCAUUGCUUUCCGCACAUCAUCGUUUUGCCGUCUGCAGCAAAUGGUAACAAAUACGAAUAUUCGGGUGCAUGUGAAUUUACGCUCAACCAGACUGAUGUAUCGUGGACUGUUAACGUAACUUUUACCCGAAGUGUAUUCUCCAUCCACAUGGCAGACGGUAAAAUUGUAGAGAAAGAUCCUAAUAACAGAUGGGUUUGUGUGAAAAAUACAAACAAAAUUGAUCCGCCGGAAGUUGUUAGAGUUGAAUUUAAGCCGGUUUACACAUUCCCUGAAGGACCUUACGGUGAAUGCUUGGUUUUGAAAAAUAUGGGAGACGAAUGUAUGAGCCUUGAGCCGGAUUCUACUCAAACAACAAACAUACAAUUAACAACUACAACAACUUCUAGCACAACAACGACAUCUGAUAUUCCUACAAGCACAUCAACGACAUCUGAUAUUCCUACCAGCACAUCAACGACAUCUGAUAUUCCUACCAGCACAUCAACGACAUCUGAUAUUCCUACAAGCACAUUAACGACAUCUGAUAUUCCUACAAGUACAUCAACGACAUCUGAUAUUCCUACAAGCACAUCAACGACAUCUGAUAUUCCUACCAGCACAUCAACGAUAUCUGAUAUUCCUACCAGCACAUCAACGACAUCUGAUAUUCCUACCAGCACAUCAACGACAUCGGACAUUCCUACAAGCACUGAUAUUCCUAGCAGCACAAUGACAUCUGAAAUUCCUACCAGCACAUCAGCGACAUCUGAUAUACCUACAAGCACAACAACGACAUCUGAUAUUCCUACAAGCACAUCAACGACAUCUGAUAUUCCUACAAGCACAUUAACGACAUCGGAUAUUCCUACCAGCACAUCAACGAAAUCGGACAUUCCUACAAGCACAUCAAUGACAUCUGAUAUUCCUACCAGCACAAUGACAUCUGACAUUCCUACCAGCACAUCAGCGACAUCUGAUAUUCCUACAAGCACAUCAACGACAUCUGAUAUUCCUACAAGCACAUCAAUGACAUCUGAUAUUUCUACCAGCACAAUGACAUCUGACAUUCCUACCAGCAUAAGUCCGACAUCUGACAUUCCUAGCAGUACAACAACGACAUCUGAUAUCCCUACCAGUACAUCAACGACAUUUGAUAUUCCUACCAGCAAAAUAACGACAUCUGACAUUUCUAAAACUAGCAUAACAACGACAUCUGACAUUCAUACCAGCAAAUCAACGACAUCUGACAUUCCUAUUACUAGCACAACGACAUCUGACAUUCCUACUAACACAGCAUCGCCAUCUGAUAUUCCGACUACUAUCACAACUAUAUCAACAGGUUCCACUUCCAAUUUUUCGAACACACCUGUAAACAACACAAGUUCGCUAACAACACCAAAAACGAAAGCUUCGCCAUGCUCAUGUGAAAUUCCGGUAUUAUCCACACACAAUUUUACAUAUCAAGACUUUUAUGAAAUGCUUCUGAAAAUGCGAGUGGACAAAUCAAAACUGUCAGCCACACGACGGAAACUUACUUCAGCACCGGACAAUCGUGUUAAAAGUAAAUGGUUAGGAAUUUCAGGAGCAAUGGUUAUUGGUACUGCUUUGGGACUUGUGAUUUUGAUUGACGUUUGUAAAAUAUUGAAAGAUUUGAGACUUUUCAGUUAAGUUUGACUAAUAAAUAUGUCAGUUUCUGUAAUAUGUUGAAAUGCACAUAGUUUUCGCAUGAACAUUUCCAAAGACAAAUGUUAAGAGUAAUCGUACAAGCUACUAGAAUACAAAUAUAAACAAUUUACAUAUUCUGUGAAAUGGUUCCUUUCCGGGAAGUCAAAUUGGCGUUAUAGAUGAUAAAGUGUUCAUUUUAAACUUCAAACAUUGUUGUGUAGACUGUUGUAGUGUGAGUGGACAAUUAGUUUGAAUGAUGUUCUGUUUGAGACAGAUACAAUGUCGCCGGAUUACAUGCGAGAUUUUGAUGCGCUGUGACGCCAUUUUUUGUUAUGAAAGAAACAUUGCUAGGCGAGAUGAAAAUUAUAGCAAAAUUUAAUGGAUUUUGUCGCACGUUCACUUAGCCCAAACAGGGCAUCGUAAAAUUAAACGGAAACCGUGGAAUGUUUUGAUCGACUAUGAACAAUAUUUGAUCGUGUUCCCUAUAUCAUAAAACCCGUUUAAUGACAAUAUUUAGAGUAUCUGUACGAAGGUCACAUAGACUGGAAGAUAUGAAUUAUAAGAAUUACUAGAAUAGAAAGACAAUUUUGGCAAAUGUUGUUACAAUUGCGAUAUUGAAGACGAGAAUCAUUUCAUAUGAAACAAGGGCAUGAUAUGUAGGUGAAUAUUGAUUUCUUGAAUUUAGUAAAUGUUCAUAUUUUGACUAACUGUAUUGCGCUCAGUAAAAAAUAGAGGAUUUUUUUAUAAAGAUUUUUUGUGCAAUACUGAUAAUUGCUAUGUUACCCUCGUGCAUCUGUGUGUUGUUUUGUUGAUGGUGGUGGUGCUGGUGUUUGUUAUUUUUGUGUUUUUGUUGUUGUUUCUUUGUUGUUGUUGUCGUUGUAUUAAAUUUAUUCUCCGAUUUAAUUCUAGGUAUAAUUGUGUUGUAUUUAGCAUGACAAACUAUGGUGUAAGUAAAUUUUACUCCGUUUGAUAGUAUUAUUUAAUUUUUCUUGAAAUUAGAAAUUUGAUAUUAAUCGCAACAAGGGUGGCGGCCGUAUGUCAAUCGUCUCAAAUUCUUCAUUUUGAUAACACAUCCCCAACAGAUUUUGUAAACGUUUGAAAGGCCAACAAAAAUAUUUCUUAUUUCGAAAACUUGGAUGAAAUCCGUUCA